CCGGUGCAUGGCUGCGGCGCGGGGCCGGGGGCCGCGGGGGACGCGGGCCUGGGCCUGUGGCGCGGGGGGGCGGCCGCGCUAGCGGCGCCGGCUCCUCUGCCGCCUCUCGCCCCGGGGAAGCGUCGCCGGCCGGCGAGGGGAGGGCAGGAUGGAUCCCAACAGGAUCAUCCAGGCGCUGAAGGGCACCAUAGACCCCAAGCUGCGCAUCGCCGCCGAGAACGAGCUCAACCAGUCCUACAAGAUCAUCAAUUUUGCACCAAGUCUACUGCAGAUCAUAGUAUCAGAUCAAGUUGAAUUUCCAGUGCGUCAAGCAGCUGCCAUUUACCUGAAGAACAUGGUGACACAGUACUGGCCAGACCGUGAACCACCUCCUGGAGAAGCAGUAUUUCCAUUCAACAUUCAUGAAAAUGAUCGUCAGCAGAUUCGUGAUAACAUUGUAGAAGGAAUUAUUCGGUCUCCUGACUUAGUGAGAGCCCAGCUGACAAUGUGCCUCCGUGCUAUCAUUAAACAUGACUUUCCUGGCCACUGGACAGCUGUGGUAGACAAGAUAGGCUACUACUUGCAGUCUCAGAACAGUGGGAGUUGGCUUGGGAGCCUCCUGUGCCUGUAUCAGCUGGUGAAGACUUAUGAAUACAAAAAAGCGGAGGAGCGAGAUCCUCUCAUAGCAGCAAUGCAAAUAUUUUUGCCUCGGAUUCAGCAGCAGAUGAUCCAGCUUCUGCCUGAUAACUCCCAUUACUCUGUACUGCUUCAGAAGCAAAUCUUAAAAAUCUUCUAUGCUCUCGUUCAGUAUGCACUGCCACUCCAGUUGGUGAAUAACCAGACUAUGACUCAGUGGAUGGAGAUCUUCCGGACUAUCAUUGAUAGAAAUGUACCUCUGGAGACUUUGCAAAUUGAUGAAGAUGAUAGGCCAGAGCUGGUGUGGUGGAAGUGCAAGAAGUGGGCCUUGCAUAUUGUAGCUCGUCUGUUUGAACGGUAUGGAAGUCCUGGAAAUGUAACUAAAGAAUACUUUGAGUUCUCAGAGUUUUUCUUAAAAACCUAUGCUGUGGGCAUCCAACAGGUUCUCUUAAGAAUCUUAGACCAGUACAGGCAAAAGGAAUAUGUUGCCCCACGUGUUCUUCAGCAAACAUUAAAUUAUCUGAACCAAGGCGUUGUUCACUCUGUAACGUGGAAGCAAAUGAAGCCACACAUACAGAGUAUAACAGAAGAAGUGAUAUUCUCUCUGAUGUGCUACAAAGAUGAGGAUGAAGAGCUCUGGCAAGAGGAUCCAUAUGAAUAUAUUCGCAUGAAAUUUGAUGUAUUUGAGGAUUAUGCAUCCACUACAACAGCAGCACAGAAUCUCCUUUAUACUGCCGCAAAGAAGAGAAAAGAGGUAUUGCCAAAAAUGAUGGCAUAUUGCUACCAGAUUCUGACAGAGCCAAACAUUGAUCCAAGGAAAAAAGAUGGAGCUUUGCAUGUUAUAGGAUCCCUAGCAGAUAUUUUACUGAAAAAGAGUGUCUUCAAGGAUCAAAUGGAGCUGAUGUUACAGAAUCAUGUAUUUCCAUUAUUCAUGUCUAACCUGGGGUACCUCAGAGCUAGAUCCUGUUGGGUACUUCAUUCAUUUAGUGCUUUGAAAUUUCACAAUGAGCUAAACUUGAGGAAUGCAGUAGAGUUGGCAAAGAAGAGCCUGAUUGAUGAUAAGGAAAUGCCUGUCAAAGUAGAGGCAGCCAUAGCUCUUCAGACGUUAAUAAGCAACCAAGAACAAGCCAAGGAAUACGUGAAGCCUUACGUAAGGCCAGUUAUGCAAGAGCUCUUGCACAUUGUUAGAGAGACGGAAAAUGAUGAUCUUACCAAUGUAAUCCAGAAGAUGAUCUGUGAAUACAGCCAGGAAGUAGCUACUAUCGCCAUUGACAUGACUCAGCAUCUGGCUGAAAUAUUUGGUAAAGUACUUCAGAGUGAAGAAUAUGAGGAAGUAGAAGACAAAACAGUUAUGGCCAUGGGCAUCUUGCACACAAUUGACACUAUCCUGACAGUUGUGGAAGAUCACAAGGAGAUAACUCAACAGCUUGAGAGCAUUUGUUUACAGAUCAUUGGCCUCGUUUUGCAGAAACAUGUUAUAGAGUUUUACGAAGAAAUUCUCUCCUUGGCCUACAGCUUGACAUGCCAGAUGAUUUCACCUCAAAUGUGGCAGCUUUUAGGUGUUCUGUAUGAGGUUUUCCAGCAGGAUUGCUUUGAGUACUUUGCAGAUAUGAUGCCUCUCUUGCACAAUUAUGUGACCAUUGACACGGAUACUUUACUAUCUAACCCAAAGCAUUUAGAAAUCAUUUAUGCUAUGUGUAAAAAGGUGUUAACAGGAGAUGCAGGAGAAGAUGCAGAGUGCCAUGCAGCCAAACUCCUAGAAGUCAUUGUUCUUCAAUGCAAAGGACGGGGUAUUGACCAGUGUAUUCCCCUCUUUGUGGAGGCUGUUCUGGAGCGGUUAACUAGAGGAGUUAAAACAAGUGAGCUUCGUACCAUGUGUCUUCAGGUUGCCAUAGCUGCACUCUACUACAAUCCUGACCUACUUCUGCACACCUUAGAGAACAUCAGAUUUCCACACAAUCCUGAGCCCAUCACUGCACAGUUCAUAAACCAGUGGAUGAAUGAUACAGACUGCUUUCUUGGACUCCAUGACAGAAAGAUGUGUAUAAUAGGACUGAGCAUCUUAAUGGAAUUGCAGAACCGGCCACCUGCAGUGGAUGCUGUUGCUGCUCAGAUUGUCCCAUCAAUCCUUCUCCUCUUCCUGGGUUUAAAACAAGUUUGCGCCUCACGAGAGCUCACAGAACAUGAGGAUCAUGCUAAAGAUGAAAAACACGUUGCAGAAGAUAAUGAAGAGAUACCAAGUGACGAGGAGGAGACAAAUGAAGUGAGCCAGGCAAUGCAAGAGAACCAUGGUGGAGGAGGAGGAGGUGGUGGUGGAGGUGGAGAAGAAGAGGACGAAGAUGAUGAUGAUGAUGACUGGGAUGAAGAUGCAUUGGAAGAGACUGCUCUUGAAGGGUUCAGCACACCUCUCGACCUUGAAAAUGGUGUUGAUGAAUACCAGUUUUUUACACAAGCACUUUUAACGGUGCAGAGCCGAGAUGCAGCCUGGUACCACUCGCUGACAGCCCCGUUGAGUGAGGAUCAGAAGAAACAGCUGCAGGAAAUCUAUACAUUAGCAGAACACCGACGAAAUGCUGCACAGACUAAGACAAUAGAACAACAAAGUGGCUACACAUUUGACAACAAAGGACUGAUCUCAGCAUUUAACUUUGCUGGAGGUACUGCUGGUGGCAACUGAAGGAUCAGCUACAAAGGUCAAUGGGAAAGGUCUCAUCAUUGCAUUUUCUUGAAAUCAUCCUGACUUCUGAGUGAUAGGGGAGGGUAAUUUAAUGCUGCUGAAGGUUUUCUGGAAAAUAGCAGUGUGCUUCCCCCACCAGAAUGCUCUUUCUAAUCAGCUACUGUAAUGUACAAAUUCUUGUGGUGUUUUUAUAAUUUGAUGGACUGAAAGGAAACAUUUGUCCUCAAGGAACCUGAAUGACUGGGAGGGGCCAGGCUGCAUCUAAUUGAGUUGCACUUCUCAGGUUUUUGCUGUGAAGAAUUGAUAGAUUUGUAUGGAUAACAGUGCCUUCUGUUGUACAUGAAUUGCCUGAACAAAUGGAUUCUGGAGUGCAUUAUAAUUUUUUUAAGUGUAAGGACAUUUCUUGAUACACUGUAAGCCUUGGUUCCAUGUUUUCCAGUCACCUGCAUUUUACUGCUUGGUUUAAUUGUUCGUUGAUUGCAUAUGCAUUGCUGGGUUCAGAAUUUUAUCUCAUCUUCCCUCUUUGGUGCAGAUGAGAUGUGUAGAGGGAGGUGUCUGCUGGAGUUGCAAAGCAUACACUGGCCACAUCAGAGGGUCUUAAAAUUGCAGAUUUUCCCUUGAUGCAGAAGUCUUAAAUUAUUUUUUAUAGCCAUGAAUUCAACAAACUUGAGUUUUGAUGGCACUCAUGGCAGGUGGCUACCCUGAAUUACCUCCUGCCUGGAAAGAUGGUGUGGUCCUCGCACGUCGAUAUUCUACAUGACAACUUAUUCUUUCCACUCUUUUUUAUGAAUAUUGGAUUUUACUUGGGAUUCUAUAAACAAAUUUUCUGUUUUUAUGAAUUCAUUACCAUUCCAGUGGUAAAACUGAAUAGUGUGGUACAAAAUAUUUACAAUAUUUUAUUUACCUUGAUAGAAGAAAGAGAGCUCCAAACUUAUUUCUUCUUACUCUUACACUUAUGUGAUUGAAAUUCUGGUUUGCAUUCCAUCUGGCUGUUCUUGUCCUACACUGAAAUUUAAUUAUCUGCCAGAUUUUUUUUUCUGCCUAAAUUUCAAAGACUGGUUUCUCAUAAAUUGAAACACAUCUAACAAGAUGUUUGUGAAUAUGUUCAUUUAGAAAGAAACUGAUAGCAGUACUAAUUUGAAUAGGUGCCCCUUCUUUAGAUCUAUUGGGAUUACAGUGGCGUAGCCAAUGUAAGCAGGGGUGCUUUAGAAUGUGAAGUUUGGAUUGGAGAUAAAAUGUUUAGACCAGAUUUUGUCUGUAUGUAUUAAUUUCUUUAUCACUUAAAAAUAUGUAGCAGUUUCAAGCACAUACUGAUAAUGUAUGUCUUUAGAGCAGUGUCUCAACUGAAAAAUCAAAGCCCUUCCCAUACCCCAUCUAAUUACACAUGGCUGGCCCUGCACUGUGCUGAAGCUUUCAUUUUUCAUAUGUUAGAGUAAUUGCAAUUCAGUCUGAUAAAUCUUAGGCACUCUACACCGUGGCUGCUUGAAAACACCCAAGUGUCUCUGCCUGUUCCUUGCCCCAUUCCCUGGAAUUUUCUCAGCCUGACAGCUGCAGGGCAGAAUGUUCUCUGCUGCUUUCCUUUCUCCUGCACCAUUGUGUCAUAGUCCUCUGGUGUUGUUCUCUGCUGCUGCCUUUUUUUUUUCUUUUUCUUCUCCCCCAGAGCAGCUGCAGAGUAAAUUUGGCCUUGUGGAAGUUUUUCACUGCUGCUACUCACUUAUUAGGUACAGUGAAAAUAUCUCACUUUUAAGUCUGUUGUACAUACAAGAAACCAUGAGAAUUCCAAGAUCUGUAUUUCCAAAAGGGAACAAUACAUUGAGCUGCGUUGGAUAGGCUCUGUAAGCUCAAGCAGCAGAGGACAUCCUUUAUUGUGAAUGUUUAUUUUUAAUGAAAACUAUAGGUCACUUUUGAUAAUUUAGGCCUGGGGGUCUAUUGACUGAGGCAGUAGGAAGGCAUUACUUCUGGUUUGUUGGAGAGUUUCUCCAAAACCAUAGUAAUUUUGAAAUCCUUCAUGAAUUUAAGACAUGAUUUUGGAAGUGAAAGACAUGGAUGAUGUCUCUCUUAACCUGACAAUUGAACCAAGUAUUAGGCAGGUAAACUGUUUAAGCCAUUUCUUCUUUUAUUUAAAGUGAAGAGAUUGUUGAGUUUGGUUUCUUUCAAAGCCUAUCUGCCUUCUGUACACUGGCAUGCAGAGUAGAUGAGAGACUUACUUUUUUCUGCUAAUGAGGUUGCUUACACAGUCACAAGCUAAUAUUUAAGAGUUAAUGUGUUGAAGGAAAAAUCUGCUUUUCCAUAACAUCAUCUUUGUGUCACUCAGCUGAACUAUGGCUGCUCCCUCGUUCUGCUUCUUGUAUACUUUUCAAAUCAACUGCCAAGAAAAUUUCAUCCAGAUGUUUCUUACAAGGGGUUUAAUCAGCAGCAUGGAGUCGAGAAUCUUUGUUGUCUGUUUGGCAGUGGGGGUCAGAGAUGUCUGAGGGGAUGGCAUGUAAAAAGGUUAAAUGCCCUUCCCUUCCCAGGAGAUUCAUGAGUAAAUGUUUCUACUGGCAAAAGCAAAUGUUAAUUAUUUUACUCCUUUUUUUUGAAAAGGGUUUUCAUCCAAAAAGAUUUAUUUGGCUCUAGCCUCCACUUUAACAUAUGGUUCUCUUUUAACAUGAUAAAUAUCUGUUUGUACAUCAUCAUAAAUAGGUAAUGGAUUUUAGGGAUUUCUUUCUGAGCUGUGUCCAGCAUUGUACUACAUUAAAGGGAGAGUAACACAGAUGUGCAUUACUGUCUCACUUUGAAGCCAAGGUAGUCAUGGAAUAUCACAUACCAGCAUGGGCCAACCAAGCAUGAUGCAUUUGUCAUUGCAAGUACAGAGAAUCAUGAAUGUACUGUAAAAUAAAACAAAGUUUGGUAACAGGUGAUCUAUGUUGCCCCAUGCCCCCAAAGUGUGAGGUGACUGGUAUGGGCAUCAUGGGGGCUUUACAUAGGAAAUUAGCACUAUGUAGGUUAUAAUCAUAGCAAAUAUAAACUUACAUGCUAAGCUGCUUUUUCAGAUAAAAUUAACUGAUCCUGGGUGUUGAAUUGCAUAUGCUGUUUUGUCACUCUUGAAAGGAAAAUAAGAAUCACCACACGUUUUGGCUGUUUCUUUUUGCACUCUCUCUCUCUUUCAAAGUUGAAGUACUUGAUUUGCUUUCAUUAUACAAAGGAAAAUCUUUCAUCAAAAUGGCCAGCUCCAGGAAGAGUGAAGAAUAUCAAGCUAAGGAAAAAGCUAAAAAACCCUCAAACUUCAAAAAUCCCCCCAAACCUACAGGUAUGCACAGUGUGAUUGAAAUAAAUGUGCUUUGGGAGUGUAAAUCAAAAUGUGUAAAGAAUGUUGCACAAAAUGAUAUUGUGAGAUUCUUUGCUUUAGGGGGAAAAGAUGCCUGUGGGGGUGUCAGGGAGACAUGAAAUGAACUGCUUUAGGCCAUGUUCUUUGCCUGUGAAGUCCAGGCUGUUUGUGACUCUGGAUUCUGUCAUAUGUUGUAGAGAAGAGAAGGUAGGACAGUAGAGGAUUUUUUUUAACUAUAAAACAAAAGUCUGUCCUGAGACUUUUGUAAGCCAAAGGAAUUGCAGACAACAUGAAUGAUUAACUGUCUUUUGUCUCCAGAGUACUUUUCAGCCUUUUUUCUUCCCUCCUUCUGUUUGCCAACCACUAUGUUAUCACGUGUUACAGGGGAUAUUUGAAAUACUUGAAAAGGUAAAGCUUAAUUUUUUUUUUUUUUUAAAUCCUGUUGUUCUUUAUGCAAUGCAACCUAUACAUUGCAGUUCUAUCUAUAGAACAAAGUCUCUCAUUUUAUGUAUGGCAGCAGAUGGUACAGAACUACAAAAACUCCUCACUUGUGCCUCUGGCUUGAUGAGUGUUUCUGUUCUUUUACUUCUUAGUAUAGGUUCUUGGAAAUCCCCAAAGCUUGCACUGAAUUUUGCUCAAAGGAUACACUAUGCUCCAAAUAUACUAUGUAAUGGAGUACUCAGUCCUAGUACUGAGAUAUGCCCUCGUCAAGCUUUUGAUAACAUUUGACAGUCUGGCAGGCAGUUCCUCAACAGUCUCUGUCUCUGAUUGAGGACACUCUUCAAAUCCAAGAGACUGUCUUUGCAGAGGAACAGAGAAUUGUGUUUCCCUCAUUGCAGCAAAGCCUAUAGCAGGGAUGGCUAUCAUCUUCUUGGCCUUAUGAGUGAAAAUAGCACUCUUCUUCUUGCAGAUGUCAAAUCUUACCCCAAAUGGAUGGGAUAGAGUGGAGAUGGAUGUUCCCAGUGUAAAGGGAUGUUCCCAGGGUAAAGGAAGCCAGGCACUAUUCCAGAUACCAGAAAGUCUUAGCAAAAAGCUAUAUUCUAAAGAGGAUAUAUGAACAGGCCAAGCUGCUUGCUUUUGACACCUCUUCCACUGCUCCUGCUUUUGUAAAACCAAACAAACAAAACCAGUGUAAAAUAAAAGAGAACUAAAGCAGUGCUUGUGCACAAGACAGGUCAAAAAUCCCCUGGCCUGUGGAUCUAAUUCAAAUACUCACUGCAAAUGCACUUAGAUACUUUUCAAAUAGGAUCUGCAACAUCUGUAUGGCUAUCAGUACCCUGAAUGUGACAGCUCUUAUCAAGAGAGACAAAGACUUAAUAUGCUUUUUCUCAGGCAGAAAACAGAUGCAUCCCUUUAAAAAGUCUGUGAACCUCUUGUCCUGACUGAUGUGCAGUCACCAACGAGUGUGAUUCCAGCCUUUCUUCAAGGUUUGUCAGUGUAUCUCCUACUAAAGGGCUACGUGAAGUGCUCUAUGUCUAGGAAGCUAACCGAUGAACAACUCCCUAGCUAAAGAGUUUUGGGGAACAUCAGUUGAGAGAGAAUCUGCAGGCAUGUGGAAUUGUGAUGAAUUGGGAAAGCAUCCAUUCAAACUGAGGUGAUGAAUUUAAUAUGAUCUCAGAUCUGCAGUGUUCCUGAUGUUGCCUGGAUCUUCCAGAGGAGCAUCCAUGAGCUUCAUCCCAUGCUGUUCUCCACGAAGAUAACGUGCUUGGGCAUCCCUGAAUUUGGUGAAAUGCUUUGAGCUUGUAAUCGGAAAGCAAUUUGAUCUACAAGCUGAUAGUUGUCCAGAUCAGAAGAAUGAGAGGCAUGUGGUAUAUUAAUACUGGGAUAGAGGUUCACAAUUUUAAGUGCUUAGCUAUGUGCAUAGUGGGGUGGGAAAUGAACUUUCAGAUGCAUUGAUUUCUUCAAUUUGAAUACAACAGUGUCAGCUCCAGGAUUCACCUGAGGUGAACAGUGUUGAUCAGAGGCUGCCUGCUGGACCAUCCAGGACUGUGUUAGAUGAAGUGAAAUGCAAAAACUGAAAACUGGCUUGUCAGUUGAAGCUGUUGAGGAACAAAAAUGAGUCUUUUCUUGAAACGGGAUUUUAAUAGUAUGUUCAGGUAUGUUUUAAUUUUCAGGUUUCUUGCCCUUAUGCAAAAUACAAACUUAGUAUGUGAUAUGGAGGCCUAUUGAUUUUUCACAGGGCUGUUUAUCAUUGAAGGUGUUUAUCCAAGAAUUGUUCCUCAUUUUUAGAUAUUUUUAACAUGUUUCUUAGUAAAGUUGCACAUAUUUCUCUCACUACUUACCCUGGACAGAGAUGUUGGAAAUGAGCUUAACAAAAGAACAACAAUGCUUUGAAAGUUUCAGAGAAGACUAUGCGUAAGGAGGUUAUUUUUAGAAUACAGAAGAACUAUGGCCCCUGAAAAAAAUAUGAAACAACAAAUAUUUAUACAAUAGUGCAUGGGGUAAAGAAAUGAAUGUAAGACAAUGUAAGUGAGACUACAUUCUUUUAUCACAGCUGUAAUGUUUUUUUUUCAUUGCCAAAUAAUGUGUGAAAAUAGCUUUUGAUUGCAUGUGCUCUUGGUAGUCACCUCAAUGUAAAUCACCUGAAAUGUGUUUGUGCUCAAAAAGAUGCCAAAGAGGUCAUGCAGAGCUCUUUUGAUAUUGAAAGCAAAGACAUGGGCCUGUGCCUGCAGUGACUGGAGAGCAACUGUUAUGUGCUACAUUAGCAGAUUGGAUUGCAGGAUCAUCACCUUUGGAAGAAGCUGAAAAUACUAAACUGUGGAUUGGGUUUGAGGGCAAGUAUUGACAAAUGCAAAACAUGCAUCGACAACAAGAAGAACCUCUUCGCAGCUUAAAGAAUUCUGUACAGCGUUCUCUUAAGCUGUGCUGAAUUUGCUUUAAAAAUAGUAAUAAAUCUUACUGCUUAGGUCGA